UUUCCCUCUCCCUCCCUCUCACACACCCAGUGGCCUGCCGAGAGUGUAGUCUGCUCUUUUUGGGGGCGAUUUUGUGCACAUCACGCGUUGCUGCCUGCAGGACUUGUCCAUUCACUUUACCAAAUUAAUCAGAAAAAGAAGUAGAAGAUCCCCAUUCCGGAAGAAAAUUGUUAACAAACGGAACUACCCCAGCGAACCUAAAGCUAAACGGCAAUCCAUAGAAUUAUUUGCAGCUAAGUUAGCGGAAUUAGAGUAUUUAGAGCUCACAAUUGCAGUGCUGUAGCUGUAGAAUAUUUCUCAAGGCCUAUCCUAUCAAGUUUCAUUACAAGAGCUGACAACACAAUGGCUAGUGCUGUAGGAUUUCUUCAACGGUUGUAUUCGCCAGUGGCGAGAACAGUCUCAACACAUCUGAAGCAGACAACAUCUUCAAGAGAAAUCCACCAAGUUCCGGCAGAUGCUGUUGUCAUCUGAGCUGGAAUUCAUUAUGGAGGCUCACAGCGGCAUCAGCGCCGUCAUUGCUGAGGAGGCGGGCUUCAAAGGCAUCUGGGCCAGCGGCCUCUCCAUGGCAACCCAGCUGGGCGUCCGUGACAGCAACGAGGCCAGCUGGACCCAGGUCCUGGAGGUGCUGGAGUUCAUGAACGACGCCAUCGACGUGCCCAUCCUGGUGGACGCCGACACCGGCUACGGCAACUUCAACAACGCCAGGCGCCUGGUCAGGAAACUGGAGGACAGGGGCGUGGCUGGCGCGGCCGUGGAGGACAAAUUAUUCCCUAAGACCAACUCUCUCCUAGACGGUCGGGCUCAGCCAUUGGCUGAUGUACAGGAGUUUGCCCUCAAGAUACAGGCAAUGAAGGAGGCCCAGCGAGACCCAGACUUCAACAUCGUGGCCCGUGUGGAGGCGCUGAUCGCGGGCUGGGGCGUGGACGAGGCCUUGAAGCGAGCAGAUGCCUACCUGCAGGCAGGGGCCACCGCCAUCUUGAUGCACAGUAAACUGUCCGAGCCCACGGAGAUCCUAGAGUUCCUCAAAGCCUGGCAGAACAAGGGCCCUGUGGUGCUGGUACCCACAACUUACUACAAGACCCCCAUGGAUGUUUGGAGAGAGCAGAAUGUUUCCCUGGUCAUCUGGGCCAACCAUUCGAUCCGGGCAUCGGUCAAGGCUAUGCAGGAACUGACUGCCAGGAUCUACAAGGAGCAGUCGACAGCUGGAUUAGAGAAGGAGAUUGUUGCAGUCAAGGAGCUCUUCCGACUGGCUAGAGACCAGGAACUGAAGCAAGCUGAGGACAAGUACUUGCCCAAAGUUUAGGGAGAGCUACAGGCAGACAGAUUCCAGGAACACAAAAUGCUGAACAACACAGAAGGGAAAAUAAGAAAAGAAACAAAAAUUACUUGAGAGGCUGAUUAUUUUGUAAGCAAAUUCACACUCACUCAAAGAAGGUUUGAGAGAUUUAAGGCUUUGGAAUGUACAUGUAAUUAAUCAAGACAGUCUUACUCAACUAGUGAUACACGGAAUCACAAAUCUAAGUUUUUCACUUAAAAACUUUAGUACAGAUUUAAUGGAAAAGUAAUCUUUUUCGUGUAGAAGAGGAUGAGGCAUCUUCAAAAAA